UCUCAACUGCUGUUAUAUUAUCCUUAUCCAGGUUAUUUUUAGUGAUUAGUCAUGAAUCUGUCAAGGAAAUUUGUAGCUCAAAUAUGUAAUGGAUGUUUGACCAUGCGGAGUAUGCAUUUAAGUCAAUGUAUUUACCAAAAACCUAAACCAGAGUCGUCACCUUUUGAUGACCCUGGGCACCCAAGGGUUGCUUUAUCUAAAGACAGAAGGACGAUUGUAAUGUACCAUCCUGAAGAAAUGAUUAAAUAUGAAGACACAAUACCAAUACCAAGGCAUGACCCGCGCUACUCAGCAAAUGAAAACGCAGACGAUAUUUUAAAAUAUAAACUUGAAAAAAGUGGAUUUAGCGACAAACCAGUUGAACGGCCAAGUAGAGAUAACAUUCUUCCUAUUACUGAUAAAGAAGUAAUACCUGCUGCUAUGGAACUUUCUGAACUGUUUUACACGACAAAGCAUAAGUGGACACAACAUAGAAACGUAAAAUUAGCGAAGGAAAAGAUAGAUGCAAUGAAAGAAGAAGAAAACAAUUAAAUCACUACUCAUGUCAAGUUCACUGUCCACAGAUUAUGGCAGCUGUAUACAUGGUUUUUAUGAGUUAGUCUUCGCAUAGUCAUUCAAAUUUUAUUGUUAUUGUGAAAAAGCUUCUUUUGGAUGCAUGUGCGAAUUAUCUGUUUAAAAUCUGUAAAUCUUGUCAGGAGUCGCCAUAUUUUGCAGACUAAACACUCAUCAUGUGUCAUAGAUUGUCGAAAAAAUUCAAUCAUACAAUUUAUACAGCAUAUACUAGUUAGUAGUUAUUGAAAAGUGCUUUAAAUAUUUAAACUAAAUCCCAAAAUUUCUAUGUAUAAUUUUCGAUGCGGACCUUUUUCUAAAACCAACCUUGUUUUUUAG